CUUCUGCAUAACACCCCAAGUCCCUCCCACACACACAGCCAAUAAGCAUCAAGCCAUAUCUUUCUCUGUGCCCCUUGGAGCAUUCAAAGAUAUGGCAACUCCUAUGAGUGCUCUGGCCUGCAUUCUUUCUCUAAUAUUGGCACUUUUGACUCUGGUCGACGCCAGAAUCCCGGGCGUUUACUCCGGCGGAUCGUGGGAAACCGCCCAUGCUACCUUUUACGGUGGCAAUGACGCCUCUGGAACUAUGGGAGGUGCUUGUGGGUACGGAAACCUUUACAGCCAAGGCUACGGCGUGAACACAGCUGCACUGAGCACUGCCCUAUUCAACAACGGGUUGAGCUGCGGAGCUUGCUUCGAGAUCAAGUGCGCUAACCAACCAGAGUGGUGCCACUCAGGCAGCCCCUCCAUCUUCAUCACCGCCACCAACUUUUGCCCUCCCAACUAUGCGCUUCCCAAUGAUAAUGGCGGGUGGUGCAACCCUCCUCGUCCCCACUUCGACCUCGCCAUGCCCAUGUUCCUUAAGAUCGCCGAGUACCGUGCAGGCAUUGUUCCCGUCUCUUACCGCCGGGUGCCAUGCCGAAAGCUGGGUGGGAUCAGGUUCACAAUCAACGGCCACCGUUACUUCAACUUGGUUCUGAUUACCAACGUCGCGGGUGCAGGGGAUAUAGUGAAGGUGAGCGUGAAGGGUUCAAAGACUGGGUGGAUGACCAUGAGCCGUAACUGGGGUCAAAAUUGGCAGUCAAAUGCAGUUUUGGUGGGUCAGUCACUCUCUUUCAGGGUCACAGCCAGCGAUCGCCGCAGCUCCACCUCGUGGAACAUUGUCCCUUCCAGUUGGCAGUUCUCACAGACUUUCAUUGGAAAGAAUUUCAGGGUCUAACAAAUCCCCAUUUUCACAGCUCAAUAUAUGUAAUUUGGUUUUUAACCUUUUUUUUUUUUUUUUUUUUUUAAAUUUUAUUGGAAAGUUUAUGUGCGGGAAAGAGCAAGAAAAUCCGGGAAAAGUGUGUUUGCGGGGGUGAAACUUUUUGACUUUUGUAAUGGUGCGAGAUAAAGUGAAAGGAAAAGCAAAAGGGGAGGGAAUGUUAGGCGCUGAAGUGGCUGAUAAUUUAUGUAAGCCCGCGGCUUAAUUUUAAAUCAAAUACCUAUAUAUAUAUAUAUAUAUUAUAUAUAUAUGAAGUAUUUUCAGUCUA